CUCGCGAGCGGUCGCCCCACUCUACCCGCUGCGUCGGUCCCGUCGCGUUGCGUUCGUAACCUGCUCUCGAGCCACCCCACUUCGAAGGCGAUAAUAUCGAAAACAUUGUGGAGGAAUAAAAGUUGUGGAUAUAUUAGUGAGUUCUAGUGGUAUGGAGAACGCGUGUGCAUAUUAUCCAGGAGGGUAGUCUUCAAGGUUAACAUCGGUGCCAAGGAGUGAAUAAUAUGUAAAGUGUCUACGUUCUUGGAGUUCAAGAACUGAUAUAGAGUUAUUAGUGAGUGAGUGACUGAACUACACCUAGACAGCCAAGGCAGAAAGAUGGGCAAGAAAAAUUCUAAACUAAAGCAGGACACGAUCGACAGGCUCACUGACGCCACAUACUUUACUGAAAAGGAGAUUCGUCUUUGGCACAAAGGAUUCCUUAAAGACUGUCCCAACGGCUUGCUAACAGAACAGGGCUUUAUUAAGAUUUAUAAGCAGUUCUUCCCCCAAGGUGACCCGAGCAAAUUCGCCUCCCUAGUAUUUCGCGUUUUCGACGAAAACAAUGACGGGUCAAUCGAGUUCGAGGAGUUUAUUCGGGCCUUAUCGGUGACGUCAAGGGGGAAUCUCGACGAGAAGUUACAUUGGGCUUUCCGGCUAUACGACGUGGAUAACGACGGCUAUAUUACGCGAGACGAAAUGUACAACAUAGUCGACGCUAUAUACCAAAUGGUCGGACAAACGCCGCAGCCAGAAGACGAGAACACACCACAGAAACGCGUCGACAAAAUCUUCGACCAAAUGGACAAGAACCACGAUGACCGCUUAACCCUCGAGGAGUUUCGCGAAGGGAGCAAGGCCGACCCCCGCAUUGUCCAAGCCCUGUCCCUUGGGGGCGAUUAAUCGACAGUCAUCCUCUCGCCGGAUUUCUCAUUUUCAUCUGAAGAAUAAACCCUUUCCAAUAACCCUCUUUACUUUUAUACCAUUUGCAUAUUUCUUUUGGGAAAAAAGUUUGAUGGUUCGAUGUUUGAUGGCGCGUGGCCACUCCGCGUUGGCCUUUGAUGGACAAAUUUAUAAACCAUGAUUUAUGGCCAUGAUCGACGUCUAAGCACAAUCGAAGUAGACUACGCAAUCUUGUAUCCAUCACGGUCCAACGCGAAAGCCUUUAUAUACAAUGCAUUUUUUUAAAUCAAAAUUGAAUUAUGAUUAAAUUGAGAAAUCAACAAUUCUAUCGAUUCGACUUACAAGGCCAUGACUGUAUGAGGGUCGCACUGGGCAUCGUGCCAGGGCAUGACCGCCUCAUCUCUUUAAAUUCAUCCGGUACGGAACUGGGAAGCGUAUUUUUAUUACACGAAGGGCAAACUUUUUUCAGCACGUUUUGUAUUCGUUCUAUAUUAUUUCGACCAAUGAUUGUGUUACUCCCCCACCGGUUUUUAGUUCUCGGCGAGAGAAUGACUAACGGCAAUAGCUGUGACCGCACAGGUACAUUUGUACCUCGAUUCUAUAGUUAAUACAUAUUAGUUACGACGUUUAAUUAGGUAAUUAACUCGCGAUCACAACAAAUGAAUAGAACUCUACCUAAUGAAAAAGACCAUUUAAGUGCGUGUAAUAAUAUUGUUUUUUGUCCUUUUUAUUUGGAAAAUAUAUUUGUAAUUGC